UUUUUGUUUUUGUAUAGAUAGUUAAGUCGUAGAAAGAAGAGUAAGAGCAAAAAAGAAAAAGGCAGAUUAACGUACCUGAAUAAUGAGGGUUUAUCUUGUUCUUGAGAUUCUUUGAAUGAAGAAUAUCAAUGGCUGAUUUCACAGUGGAUGUAGGCGUUUUCUGUGCCGAACAUUCUAAAUCUUGAGUAUCUUCUUCUCUCUUUUAUCUCUGCAUCUCAUUUCUUGAUUUUUAGUUGAGUGAUUUGGUUGAUUUCGGAUCUAAGUUCUAGAUGUGUUGAGAGAGAGAGUUCAAGGCGAGUCUUCUUCAUUAAUUACAUGCUGAAAAAGAUUUUUUCCCAAUAAAUUUUGGUAAAUUUAAUCUUUCUAGUUGCCUUUAAGACUUUCUGCCAUGUGUCUUUCAUGCUAGCCUCCUCUUGUUCCAUUGAAAAGCUUUAGUUUGUGAGUUUUCAUUAUCGACGUCGACACUCAGAUAUUAGAAGUUUGCUUCCUCCGUUGUCAAAGAAAAAUGGAAGUGUGUAUAUAUACCUGUGUAAAGUUGUAAAUAAAUCAUAAAAUUAAUACAAACCUUACUGAAAAUAUGCACAUCUCAAUAUUUUUCUUUUUGAUUUUUUUUAAACCUUAUUUAUCAUUUUUAAAUUUUUAAUUAUGUACUCUAAGACAGGGUAACCACUAUUAAAAAUUAUAUAGUUUUCUUUACAUAUAUUUUAUAAAGACAAUAACGAACCCCUCUUGGAUCUAUACUAAAUCUAUCGGUAAUUGAUAUAUUAAACUUAACGUUUUACUUAUUGAAAUAUGUCAGACAACAAUUUUAAGUUCAACUAGAGGUAGAGGGUUCAUUUGAAACAUUGAGCAUAGUUAAUGAAACAGACACCAAAUAUCAUCUCAAUUGUUGAAAAAAAAACAAUAAAUAAAUAAAGCUAUGGAUGGAAAGUGACAUACAAGAGUGGACCAAGUUUAUGUUAAGGAUUCAUUAUGAAGAUAAUAGAAAAAGAAGAAAAAUAGUAAUGAAGAAGAGAGAGAUUUUAAAAAAGAAAUGUCAAAAUGAAAAUAAAUGGAAGAGGAGAAGGUGUCACAUUAUCCACCUAUAAAACCACAUGUAACUGACUACUCUUUGCACAACACAACCACACACACACACAGUAGUGUUUACUUGAAGGAUUAUUAAUCCCAUCAAAAUUCAAAAACAUGGCCGCUGAGGGGACUUCAACAACAACCCUUCUUGAUCUUCCUGAUAAAUACAGAGUUUUCUUGCAUUUGGAGCCUCCAUCUAUUAGUUGGAGGCAUGGUAAACCCCCAACUUAUGGAAUUGUUAACCAGCUUUUUGAAGAGGGAAGAACCAAGGAAUGGCCAAAAGGAUCCUUAGAAGAAACAGUUCAAAAUGCUGUCAAAUCAUGGGAAAUGGAGCUUUCCCACAAGAUUAAAUUACAGGAUUUCAACACCAUAAACCCUCGCAAGUUCAAGCUUUUCGUUAAUGGAAGAGAAGGACUUUCAGGAGAAGAAACACUGAGAAUUGGAAGCUACAAUGCAUUCCUGAAGAGUCCUUUACCAGAGGAAUUUCAAUAUUACAAAGCAGAGGAAGAGACAUUUGAAUCAUCUCACGAAGCAUUUAGGUCUUGUUUUCCAAGAGGAUUUGCAUGGGAAGUUAUUGAAGUUUAUUCACCUCCUCCUUUGAUUGCCUUCAAGUUUAGGCAUUGGGGUUUCUUUGAAGGACCUUUCAAAUCACAUUCCCCAACUGGUGAAUUGGUUGAAUUCUAUGGCUUGGCAACUCUCAAGGUUGAUGAAGCACUGAAGGUUGAAGAAGCUGAAGUGUAUUAUGAUCCAGCUGAGCUAUUUGGAGGUCUUUUGAAGGGGAAAAUUACUGCCUCAGAAUCCCAAAGCAAAGAGAAUGUGAAAGAGGAUUUAGCAGCUUCAGUUGGCUGUCCAUUCUUCAAGCCAAAGGAGUAAUCAAAUAGUCAAUGCAACCUUCAAUAAUAAAUUCUAUGUACCAAAUUCCUAAAGGGAAAACUUGGGUUUCCAGAUAGGCUCACACAUCAGAGCAUUAUCUACUUCUGUUGGUUUGUUUAGUAGAUGCAGUAACACAGAAGUACUAAUAUAAAUCUUCCAAUGCUAUGAAUGAUUAUAUGAGUUAAGCUAGAACGCUACAACCAACCUAUUUCAAAAACUUCAAAAAUCAUUGUUCAAUCAACUUGCAUUGAUUUCAUAA